ACAAGUCUCUUUUUUUCCCUCCGGGAUUCAAAUUCCGAUUCCGAUAAGGCGACAACGACGAGUCGAUUAGGGUUUCGCAAUGGUUCGAGCGAAGGCACUUAAAGUCAGCGAUCACGCCGGGGGAGAGAAGAUGGUUCUGGAACCUCCAAUGAACAGUGCACGAAGAAGAAAUUUGGCAGAUAUUACUAAUCUGCAGAAUCAGAACAAACUAAUGAAUCAGAGACCGAAGCAGCAGCAACAAGCUAUAUUACUCUCUUCCAAAGAAAACGCUGAAAAUCUUCAAAAGGAAAACGUGAGACUGAUGAAAGUCGUCGUGGAGAGAGAUGGAGUCAAAAGUGAGCUGCAGAAACUAAGGAUUAGCUUUCAGAAGGUUAAAGAACAGAAUUUGCUUCUUGCCCAGGCAAACACUCGUUUAUUGGCGGAGUUCAAUACAAGCAAAGACCAACUGAAGAUACUUCACCACGAACUUGGUUGCAAGAAUGGGUUAGUCAUGGCCAGGAAAGCACUGCUUAAGGAGCAAACCCUUCCAUGUACACGUCAUGCAUCAAAGGUCAAGCCAAUUGAAGCUGAUCAUGAGAAUGUUUCGGAGAGCUCCAACACUAACUCAUUCCAAAUAAAUGAGAAACCCAACAAUAGAAGGAUAAUUUCUGGAAGGACGAAUCCCGCAGCAUUAGAUAUUCUUGGUAGACUGGGAGAGACAUGUCAGACGGGAGACAACAUUGACAACAAGAAGUUGGUCUCUGAUGGUAACAGUGCCGCUGAUAAAACGGAGUUUGUCCUUGAUGCUGAAAACCAUAUAUACGACAAUGUCCCAAGCAAGAGGUGUUGCGCAGGAAGGCAGUCCGCCAUUUAUAAAAUAGAAACCGGUCAAUCUGGAAAAUUGCAAAGAGUGGUUGACGUCAAAGAAAUUAAGGAGGAUGCAAGGUUCCCUUUGAGAAGACGUUCUGCCCGGUUAAAAUCUCAAGAACCUGAUAUAUCUGAAAGCUUCCAUGAGUCACUAGAGACAGCCAGGAGGAGGAGGUCUACGGUGUUUAAUAUCCAAGAGCUGGGCGUUGUUCAAAACUUAAAUGGUUUACAUGACGAUCAAGAGAUUACUGCAAAGGCCGGAUGCUCUCCAAUAAGACAGUCUAUCAAGUGUAGACCUGCAGCAGGAGAGCCACAUGACACGAAAGAGAUAACCGGGGUAUUUUUGAGAAGGCGGUCUGCGAGGUUUAAUUUCCAAGAGCUGGGUGUGACGGAGAACUUGAAUGGGUUACAUGAUGAUCAAGCGAUUGCUGCAAAUGCCAGAUGCUCUGCAAGCGAACAGACUACGGGGUCUAAACCUGAAGCAGUCGAACCACGUGACAUGACUGAGACAACUGGGAAAAGCAGAGUCUGUUCAAGAAGACAAUCUGCAAACGUUAAAACUCAAAGCCACAUCAAAGAAACCGCAGAUCCGCCUUUGCAUGAUGACAUUGUUGAUGAGUCUAGUCCAAUGUCGUGUACAGUUUCAAUGGAGGUUAAGGGAGAAUCAAAGAACAAACUAGCAGGCGAUGAAUCAGAGGAGAUGAGAAAAACAACACUUGGAAGACCUUCAAGGAAAGCUGCUGAUCAAAUCAAAUCGUACAAGGAACCCUCACUUAGGGACAAGAUGCGAGGGGGAUUCUAAGUCUCUCCAGAUCGAAUAUCGUCUCGAGCCUCUUAUGUUUUUGUGAUUCUGCGAUUUCACUUUUGUUGAAUGAGCUAUUGCUUAAUGCUAUAAUCACAAUGUACAUUCGUAGGUGUAUUUGCUUCUUUAAAUCAAAGGAGAGCUAGCGAGUGGUCUUGCAACUGUACAGGAAGCGGAUUGGAAGGUUUAAUUCGGUUCGAUGGAGACUAUCUGUGAAAUUUUUUUUACUCUACUAAAUUGUGAAAUGUUGGAAUAUUUGGUCAAAUCUUUAGGAAUCUCAAUAGUUUUAGGGAAUCUCUUGAUGUAAUUUUGAUAUCUUACUAGA